AUGGCAGUUUCUUUAGUUUUUCUUUCUUUCUUUCUUUCUAUCUUUCUUUCUUGGCCUAUUCAGUUCAUUCUUAGUAUGUUCUUUUCAUCUCUCUCGAUCUCUCUCUCUCCCUCUCUCUCUCUUUCUUCUUCUUCUUCUUCUUCUUCUUCUUCUUCUUCUUCUUCUUCUUCUUCUUCUUUUCAUUCUUCUCUCUUCUGUUCAGACUUUUACUCAUUCUGUUCUUUCGUCCCCCCCAUCUUGCUUUCUUGCUUUCUUUCUUUCUUAUUUCUUUCUUUCUUCUUUCUUUCUUUUUCAUUCUUUUUUCUUAGUUCGUCUGUUUCUUUCUUGCUUGCUUUUAUCUUCUUCGCUUAUUCUCUUUCUUUUUCAGAUUUUCUUUUUCAGAUUUUUCUUUCUUUCUUUCUUUCUUUCUUUCUUUCUUCUCUGUUUCUUUUUUCUUUCUCACACUCUUUCUUUCUUUCUUUCUUUCUUUCUUUUCUUUUCUUCUUGGUCUGUUCAGUUUUUCUUUCUCAGACUCUUUCUUUCCAUUCUUUUCUUCUCGGUGUGUUCAGUUUAUCUUUCUCACACUCGUUCUUUCUUUCUUUCUUUCUUUCUUUCCUUUCUUUUCAUCUUGAAGUCUGCUUAGUUUCUCUUUCAAACACUCUUUCUUUCUUUCUUUCCUUUCUUUUCUUUCCUUCUCGGUGUGUUCAGUUUUUCUUUCUCACACUCUUUCCUUCUUUCUUUCCUUUCUUUUCUACUGGUGUGUUCAGUUUUUUUCUUUCUCAGACUCUUUCUUUCUUUCUUUCUUUCAUUCUUUUCAUUUUUUUCCUUCUCGGUCUGUUCAGUUUUUCUUUCUCACACUCUUUCUUCCUUUCUUUCAUUCUUUCUUUCUUUCUUUCUUUUCUUUUAUUCUUGGUGUGUUCAGUUUUUCUUUCUCAGACUCUUUCUUUCUUUCUUUCCUUCUUUUUUUUCCUUGUCGGUCUAUUCAGUUUUUCUUUCUCACACUCUUACUUUCUUUCUUUCUUUCUCUCCUUUCCUUUCUUCUUGGUGUGUUCAGUUUUUCUUUCUCAGACUCUUACUUUCUUUCUUUCUUUCAUUCUUUCUUUCCUUCUUUUUUUCUUUCUUUUCUUUUCUUCUUGGUGUGUUCAGUUUUUUUUUUCUCAGACUCUUUCUUUCUUUCUUUCUUUCCUUCUUUUUUUUCCUUCUCGGUCGGUUCAGUUUUUCUUUCUCACACACUUUCUUUCUUUCCUUUCUUUUCUUCUUGGUGUGUUCAGUUUUUCUUUUUCUAACUCUUUCUUUCUUUCUUUCUCUCCUUUCUUUUCUUCUUGGUGUGUUCAGUUUUUCUUUCUCAGACUCUUUCUUUCUUUCUUUCUUUCUCUCCUUUCUUUUCUUCUUGGUGUGUUCAGUUUUUCUUUCUCAGACUCUUUCUUUCUUUCCUUUUUUCCCUUAUCGGUCUGUUCAGAUUUUCUUUCUCACACUUCUUUCUUUCUUUCUUUCUUUCUUUCUUUCUUUCUUUCUUUGUGUGUUCAGUUUUUCUUUCUCACAAUCUUUCUUUCUUUUUUCUUUCUUUCUUUUAAAUCAUUCUUCGAUAUCCUUCUUUUCUUUCUUUCUUUCUUUCUUUCUUUCUUUUUUUCUUUCUUUCUUUCUGAAUUUGUUCAGUUCUUUUAG